AUGAACUGGCUUGUCCAUGAGUUGACAGAGGUGGUGGAGGAUGGGUUCUUGACGAUGGAUGAGUUUCAUUAUGUUGAGCUGGGGGUAUACGGGCUUCGGGCCCCAUCGUUCCUGGCGCCAGGCGUGCACUUGAGGCCCGCCAACUCGCGCAUGCCGUCUGUUGUCGUCAAAACAGGACUCGACACGCCGCACCACAUUCUCGUCGACUACAAGUACGCUUGGUUGGAAGGGGGGAGUGCCGUGAACGUCUCCACCUUGAUCAAGUUGGAAGCAACAGAGGACAAGUACGUUCGAGGUCGCAUGGUGGUCUGGCGCAAGGGAGCCCUGAAUCCCCAGACUUUUGUAAGCCAUUUGGCCCGUCUAUUUGAGCAAUUCAGAUUGUUCAUUGUUUCUGUGUCAUGCUAA